CUUUAGACUCUAAUAGGAGGCUUGCUGGUCCCAGAGGUUAAAGAAAAGGGGUCUUGAUACCAGGAGGUUCAAAUCCCAGCUCAGCCACUGACUCCCUGUGUGUGUGUGUGUGUGUGUGUGUGCGUGCGUGCGUGCGUGUGACCCUGAGCAAGUCACUCCACCUCCUUGUGCUCCGUCCUUCGGAUGAGACGUCAAACAAACGAGCUCCUAUUGGAAGUGACUCUGCAGCAGCAGCAGUUGUUGAUGAUGCAGAGUUCACCCCCCUAGUCUCUCUGAAAUAACUCCACCUCCACCAAAAUGGCAUCUUCACCAGAACCAGAACCCGCCCCGGCAGUCCAGAAAAUUGAAGAAACCGCCGAAGACCCGGAAACCGUCGACACGCCCCCUGCUGGCCGACGGGGGAAAGGCGGUCGAGCCCGCACCUACCGCUGCUCCAUCUGUCACAAGGCUUUCCCCAGCCUCUCCCUCCUGCUCCCUCACCGCGCCACCCACGCCAAAGAACGCAAGCACCGCUGCGCCGACUGCCCCAAGACCUUCGAAACCCGGGCGCUGCUGUCCAAGCACCAGCGGUCGCACUCCUCCGAGCGCCCGUUCCAGUGCCCGCUGUGCCGCAAGGCCUACAAGUCCUCCGUGGAGCUGCGGAACCACUCGCGCAGCCACACGGGCGAGAAGCCCUUCGUGUGCUCGGAGUGCGGGAAGGCUUUCAUGCAGGCCAUCUGCCUUCGUAUCCACAUGACCCAGCACUCCGGGGAGAGGCCUCACUGCUGCCCUCAGUGCCCCAAGAGCUACCCCACGCUGUCCAAGCUGAAGGUUCACGUCAGGUCCCACACGGGAGAGAAGCCGUACUCCUGCACGGAAUGCGGGAAGGAAUUUGCCGACCCGUCGGUGUUCCGCAAACACCGCAGGAACCACCAGGGGCACCGUCCGUACGCCUGCAGCGAGUGCGGCAAGACCUACACCGAACUGAAGGACCUGAAGAACCACCAGCGCUCCCACACGGGGGAGAAGCCCUACCUGUGCUCGGACUGUGGCAAAGCCUUCUCCCGUUCCUCCUCUCUGGCCUGCCACCUCCGCAUCCACUCCGACAGGAAGCCUUACGCGUGCGAGCAGUGCGGCAAAGAUUUCACCCAGCUCUCCUCCUACCAGAGCCACCUGCGCACGCACUCCGGGGAAAAACCCUUCCUCUGCCCGCAGUGCGGCAAAAUGUUCUCCGACCCGUCCAGCUUCCGACGCCACCAGAGGGCGCACUCCGGGGUCAAGCCCUACCAGUGUGACAAGUGCGCCAAACAGUUCAGGCAGCCGGCAGACCUGGCCGUGCACCAGAGGAUCCAUUCGGGCCAACGACCUUACAAGUGCCCUGAUUGCGACAAGGCGUUCGUGGCGUCCUGGGACUUGCGCCGGCACGCGCUGGUCCACAGCGGGCAGCGGCCUUUCCCGUGCCAGGAGUGCGGCAAGGCCUUCGCCGAGCGGUCCUCUCUCAACAAGCACCGGCGCGUGCAUUCGGGGGAGCGGCCGUACAAGUGCGCCCUCUGCUGCAAGUGCUUCGUAGUCUCCUCCAGCUUGCGCAAGCACGAACGAACGCACCUGACCGAAAAGCCAGCCAAAGGAGGAGGAGGAGGAGGAGGAGGGGGAGGGGGAGGGGGAGGGGGAGGAGAGCAGCAGCCGCCAUCCGUGGAAGAAUCCACGUCUGGGGCAGCGUCCGGCUUCUGCUGUGAGCGCUGCCAGGCCGUUUUCGGCAGCUGGGCCUCCCUGCGGUCCCACGAGUGCGUCCCGUUUCCCUGCCCGCGCUGCAGCGUCGCCUUCGCCACCGCGGACGACCUGCGGAAGCACGAGAAGGCGAGCCACGCGGAGCCCCGGAGCCACGCCUGCGAAGAGUGCGGCAAGGCUUUCCUGAACAGAGCCGGGCUUCGGAAGCACGAGAGGAUCCACUCCAGGGAGCGGCCCCACACCUGCGCCCGCUGCGGGAAGGGCUUCCUAUUCGCCGCGUACCUGAGGAAGCACCAGAGGACCCACCGGGAUCUGCCCGCCCCGGGAGGCGUGGAGGGAUUGCUGGGGCAGCCGGAUCAGCCCGUGAUCGCCACGCCCAUCGCCGUACCCAUCGCGACUUUUCAAGCGCUGACAACGACGGCUGCCGUGUAUCUUGAGAAGUCACCGGAAGUGACCUGGGAGGAGAUCGGGGUGCAUAAGGAAGCCGACGAGUUCAGAAAGCAUUGCGAGGAGCAGAAGUGACCCCUUUUUAACAGGGGGCGCUGCAGGAGAAACGGGGAGG